CAGAGGUAGCUGCUGCAAGCCGUCCCCACCUCCUUCCCCUCGUCUCCUUCCAUUGUGGAGGGGGAAGCCCGCGCGCGACACCCGCCGAAGGGGGACAGAUCUCCGCCCGGGAAUGAUCCUCUAGCAGCUUUAAAUCCAUUGGGGAGGGGGGGUGAAGGGGCCGAUCCUGGCCGGGGGCUCGCCCCUUCCAGCCGCCGAGGUCUGAGCGCCAGAAAGGGUCGGAUUAGCCGCACAAAGGCGCCCUCCUGCUCUCCCCCUUCGCCCACCCCCCAGCCUUGUUUUUGGGUCGCCAGCGGAGAGGGGAUUCCGCCGCAGCUCCCUUUGCAUGAGCUCCGGUUGCUUUGAUCGCCAGGGCACCAAACACACGUGAAGGGUGACCUAUUUUUCAGCAUGUACAGAGGGCUUGUUCACGGCAGGUCUUGCCAGCAAUAUGCAUGCCAGCGGCCGCUUGUGGUAAGAAGAAGAGACAAAAUGAGUCGAAUGGAGGAGAACUACAGCCCGGAGGAGGCUCGAUCGCAGCUCGUGACUAAACGUAAACUCCUUAAGAUGUUAAGCUUAAGUCCCGGACACAGUCACUCUCGCGGAGCUGAGGUGAGGGAGAAGAAAAUUCAGUCGAUGGCAUGGCCAGUGAAACCUGUUCAAACCAUCAAGAAACGCAAAGUCUUUUUGGUCCAUCGGGGGACUCAAACGGAAGAGAUCCCUGACAUUUGCAUUGAGUGCGGGAAAGUGUUCAUCCAGAACUCGAGCCUCAUCAGUCAGUGGCAAGCGCAGCCCGAGGAUAAGCCGCACAAGUGCUCUGAAUGUGGGAAAAGCUUUACAGUCCGCUCCAGCUUGAACCGGCACCAGAGAAUCCACACAGGGGAGAAGCCUUAUAUAUGUCUCGACUGUGGCAAACGGUUCAACGAUAAAUCAAACCUCACCCAGCACCAGCGAAUCCACACAGGCGAGAAGCCCUACGAGUGUAUUGACUGUGGCAAAAGCUACAGCCGCAGCUCACACAAGAAGAAACACUUGAAGGACUCAAUGGAAGAACAGCUGGAAACCUCCGCCUCAGGUGAAGAUGUUGCCGACGUCAGCAGCGGGGGUGGUGAGAAACCGAAACCAAAGCAGAAGCCGGAGGUGCUGAACACCUGCACAGAAUGCCUGCGGAGCUUCAGCCACAACGCUGACCUUAUCAAACACAUGCGCAUCCACACAGGGGAGAAGCCCUACAAGUGCAACAUAUGUGAGAAAAGCUUCAACGUCAGCUCCAACCUCUUCAGACACCAGAGGAUCCACACAGGCGAGAAGCCAUAUGUAUGCUCCGAGUGUGGGAAUUGCUUCACUGACAAAUCCACCCUAGUUCAGCACCACCGGAUCCACACUGGGGAGAAGCCGUAUGCGUGCCAGUUUUGUGGCAAAUGUUUCAGCCACAGCUCCCACCACAAGAGACAUGAGAAAAUCCAUAACAGAGAGAACCCAUUGUUUGCUUAUCCUGUCCCAUUGUUUUAACAGGUUGUUCUCACGGUGUGGGAGGAAGCAGUGAGGUAGAGGACUGUGUGCCUCAAUGAGCUUAUUAUUUUGAAGGUUACAGAAAUUACCAGUUUGAGUGCUAGCAGACCAUCAAAAGACUCACCUGUGACCCAACAGAACUACUGGAUAUCAAUGUGUUAAGUCUACAAUAUCUUUAAGGAGCUCAGAAUGUGCUGUUUGUUCCAGUGGAUGCUCAAAAUUUACAGAACGUUGGCAUUCACAAUGAAACGUUAGUUAACUUAGCGUGAAUGUUUGAAAACAGAGUUCCCCAGCUUUGAAGUUUCUGCCCUCGAACGCUGACAGUCCCAUUGAGGUGACAGUCAGCAUUCAUUGGCUGAGUUUCGGCAGGUGCUGACAGUCACAUGUGAAUAGCGACCUUCACCAAAAUAUGGAUGUUUUCUAUAAUAUAUCUAAUAUUUCCAAACAAUUCCUUGAAUGGAAUAUUGUGAGAAUUUGGGGAUGUUGUAUCGUAACAUUUGAGGUAUAUGCGUGUGUGCCGUCAAGUCACCGCUGACUUUUGGCGACCCUGUAGGGUCUUCAAGGCCAGAGGUGGUUUCCCAUUGUUUGCAUCCGUUGUCAUAACCCUGGUAUUCCUUGGAGGUCACCCAAUGAAGUACUUCUGAGAUCUGAGGAGAUCAGGCUAGCCUGGGCUAUCCAAGUCAGGUUAUGUAGUCAAGGUAAUGUAGAAUUAAUACACUGAUAUUCAGUCAUUGCAUUGAGUUGUGGGCGAAGCCUCUGUUGAUCCCUCUCCAGGGUAUUUUGGUUCACUGGACCUCUGUUUUUCUUUCUGGCUUUUCCGACUACCUACGCAAACAAGACUGCAGGUUUUUCUUUGAGGAAAAAGACUUCCAAUCUCUAUGCAAAGACUCUCGCAUGAUGGAGAACCUACCCAGUUAUUUUAGGAGAUAGUGCUAGUAGUAAAUUAAUCCUGGUAGCCUUAUGCUUUGGGGCUUAACUUUUGGGUGGUAGCUCCCAACCAUUGGAUCCUGCUAUAUUAAUUGUCUGAUAAAUUAGGAAAAAAGCCUAUGUUUGGUAGAAAUCCAUGUGCCAAGUAGGUUUUUACAGAAAAUUCAUCUGGUAAACUAAAUAGGUUGAAUUUUCUUGAGGCCUGCACAAAAAGGCAUGAUUUUCAGACCUUGGAACUGUGCAUUUCCCCCCCUGCCCUUUGCUGCCCUUUUUCAGCAGCAUGGCUUGUAGAAAUGAACAUUGGAGGCAGAAGAGGUAUGUUGUUCUAUAGCAACAGGAAGACAAAUUGUGCUUCUGACACCUGAGAGACUGAGUGGUUAUUGUGGCCUCAGAUUUCACAGGCAACAGAUGCCAUCAUGUGCUCACCCAGUGGACUGAGAAGGUGGGAUGGGGAUGUGUGUCUCUGUAAAGUAUAUAAAUAUAUACACACACAGGUUAAAAACCAAAUUAACAAGUUCAAAGCGAAAGGUAACACAACAUGCCCAGAUUACUGGACCACUGAACGUAUGAAAACAAAGUCUAAUGAAAUAAAGAACAGUUUACAUUUUUGUAGCAAGUUAAACCACCCAUAAUCCUUAUUCAGACCCAGAGAAAUGUUACGAAAUUUGUUAACGAGUUCUUUUAGAAGUCUUCUUAAUUUGAGAAUCACAGCUCUACGGACCAAGAAGGAGUGUUCUGGAAGACUGCAACAUUCACUCAUUGGUUUCUGUAUACCUGGUUUCUGUCCAGAAGUGUGUGAUCUACCAAACUCCAGCCAGACUGGAGAAAAGUUUUUUUUUUAAUUUGAAUCUCCACUCAGCCCUGGGCCCAGUGGGCAAAGUCUCUACCUCUGUCUCUCUGCGCCUCCUCUGUAAAAACAGGAGAACUGGUGGUUUAUUUAGCUGGGUAGUUGUGCUUAACUAUUGAAAUAAGGUUUGUGACUCACCCUGAGCAUUAGAAAUAAGGUGGGCCUAAUGAAUUUAGAGCUAACAGAGGUAGCAUGAAAUGGAAACUAUGAAAGUAACACAAUGGGAAAAUUUGGAAUUAGCUGUCCAUAGAAGACUGUUGUUUGCUAUAUCUAAGUAAUUUUUGUGGUUAGCUUUUAUCCUUUUCUGUAGGCAUCCUUUAUGAAAAUGUUUGUCAUGAAUAGAAUGUCUGCUAGGAAACCUAACCUUGGCUCUUUUGACAUAUAGCAGUUGAUUAAAUAUUUUGGACGAUUGACUUUUUAAAAAAUCCUACUGAAUGAGAUCUAGAGGGGCAAAGGACAAUGUCCCCUAAUUCUACAAAUACAAGGAAACAAAACCCAUUAUUUCUAUACCUAUCCAUGUGUCCUGCAUUCAUUCUUUACGAAUUCAUUUUUUUAAUUUCUGUCUGCUGUCUGUGUUUUGUACUCCAGAGGGCAAACUCUUGGCUAAUAUAGUGGGCGUCAGAAUAUUUCCACUAUUAUCUGUAGAUUAUUCUUUUUCAAGCAUUGAGUGUGAAAAGUUUUUGUUCCUGUUUUGAAUCGAGUCAACUUUACACAACAUCAUACAUUACAAAUGCUUCUGCUGCCCUGUUCGCCCACAUCGUUGCUAAAAUUCACCUGCGGUGCUAUCGUAGCCUUACGGUUUGUGAUUCGGUGUUGGUGCGGCGCUUGAUAAACCCUCUCCUCAGUAUUUUUGUGCUAGACGUUGGAUUAGGCCACAGUGAUCUCUCUCUUUUGAAAACCAUCAGUUACGGACCCAAGAGUUCAACAGAAAUACAAGAGGGUGUUGUUGUUAUUUUUAACAGAACAGUAACCAUGUGAGUGUGCUGCCCAAAAUCCUGUGUCAGCAAAUUUUUUUGUUCUUGCACUGGCAAAGAGGAUGACUUUUAAAAAAACAGCGUAGAUAAAUAAAUGGAUGAUCGGUCUUAUCAAGGGCUAUUAGCCAUGCCAACUAAGUAGAACUUACAGGUUGUGGCUGAGGCAGAAUACCUCUGCCCCCCCCCCCCCCCGAUCCUGGUGAAGGCAAACUCCCAUUAGGGCCAGCUAAUGAGUUUCCCAAGGACAUUUGUCUGGCCACUGUUGAACAAAAUCCUCAUGCUUUUAUGUGCAUCAGAUAAUGAUAUAGAUCACCUGUGUCCUUCUCCCUCCCAAAUUCCCAUAAUAUGAUUCUCAAUACUCCUAACCUUAGUGGUGACUGUGGGUGACAUGUUUUGCCAGAAUUCCAUAAAGAUUUGCCAGUACUUGGUACCCAUCUAUUCCUCUCGACUUUCAUCCACCAUGUUUCCCAAUGUACAAAGACAUCUCUCCUCCCACCCCAGUAUUCCCCAAUACAAGGGUUUCAACAGUUUGCACACUGAACAAAGGGGUGGGGGGUGGGAUGCUCAUGCAAGAUCUCAACAAGAGUGUUUUAUGGAAGACCUUAAGCUUUAGAUUGGGGAGGGGGGGAGUGAAGUUUUCCCUGAGUUACUGCAAUUAAUUUAGAGCACAACGAUGUGUAUGUGUAGUUCACAUCUUUCCUUUUAAAGAAACAACAACAGGUGAUUUGGUGUAAUGAUUUUAAAGCAAGCCUUGCGAUUGAAUUGAGAGUUAUAAUAACUGACAUAGUAUCUAAGCAUUUCCCUGGUGAAUGAAACCUUAAUUAAAAAACAAAAUAAACCAA